AUGCCAUCUACAUUGCAAGGAACGUUUUACACCUACCGCCCCAUCCGUCGGCUGGGGCAAGGGGCUUUCGGCGAGGUAUCCCUUGCUUCCGUCCUGGAGACGGGUGACGUCGUUGCUUUGAAACGAAUCCACAUUCGCAACACCACCGGAAUACCGGACGUUGUUGUCCGGGAAAUUAAGGCUCUGCAGAGCGUAUCGCAUCCAAAUCUGGUCUCGUUACUAGACGUCUUCCCAAAGGGCCAGGCCAUCUACCUAGUCCAGGAAUAUUGCACCACGGACCUUGCGGCCCUGCUGCGGAGGUUACCCGCGCCCCCGCCCGAACGCAUUGCCAAAGGCCUCAUGCUACAGCUAUGCCGAGGCCUGGAGGCACUCCAUGCGGAGGGACUCAUGCACCGUGACGUGAAGCCCAGCAACACGCUGCUGUCCGCCUCUGCUGGCGCAGCCAAGCUUGCGGAUUGUGGCCUAGCACGACCGCUGGAUGGGGGCGAACGACCUGCCUACACGCACGCCGUUGCGACUCGCUGGUAUCGGGCUCCGGAGCUGCUGUAUGGCGCCAGGGCUUACGGACCCGCAGUCGACAUCUGGGCGCUGGGGCUGGUUUUUGCCGAGCUGCUGGGUCUGGCGCCUCUGAUUCCUGGCGAUAACGACAUUGACCAGCUGGGCCGAGUUAUUGCCACUUUCGGCUCCAUGGAGCCCGUAUGGCCGGGUGUACGUGAGCUGCCUGACUGGGGCAAGAUCGCCUUCCCGCCCGCAGAGCCGGUGCCGCUGACAUAUUUGCUCCCGGGGGCCAGCGCGCCUGCGUUGGAUUUCCUGGCGCGCUUUUUGCGGUACGAUCCUGCACAGCGGAUUACUGCUGCGGAGGCCGUCCGUAGUGACUACCUCACCCGUCAAUCGCCGCUCCCCGGCGACGAGGCGGAAAUCUCAGCAUGGCUGCUGACAACGCUGGAGGUAGCGGAGGCAGCGAGUGCAGCCCAAAAGGCGGCGGCGGCAGCGGUUACGGCUGCAGUUAAGGGCCCGCUUGCUCACUCGACGUUCUCGCACCAACAGCAACAGCCUAUUGAGCGGCAGCAGCAGCAGCUGAUGCCCAUAUUGCGCCAGCGGCAAUUCCCACCACCGCUGGCAGUUUGCUGGGAUUCGCUGCCAAUGGCGUGA